AUGGAGCUCGCAAUCCAGAUUGCAGUCCUGAAACGGAUCCUUGGUCUGUUCCUCGUCAUCCUCCUGGGGCGAUUCAUCUACAGGCUCUUCCAAGUGCGCAUGAAGCAAUCUCCGCCGCAUUCCUUCUUCCUCGGGCACCUUCCAGCAUUCGCCAAGCUCAUGGCUCGAUACCCUCGAGAUACAGCUGGGGAAAUCAUUCCAAUACUGCUGACUAAGGAGUACCCAGAGCUUCAGGCCCAAGGACUCGUUUGUAUGGACGUCUGGCCUCUCGCCAACCCCAUGCUAGCAGUAUUCCAGCCGGAUAUGAUUGCACAGUUCUGCCAAAGCCCAUCAAUGCCUAAGAAUGAUCUUCUGCAGACGAUAUUUAAGGAUUUCACCGACUGUCAAGACCUUUUGUGCUCAGAAGGGGAUCAUUGGAAGCGGUGGCGCUCUAUUUUCAACCCUGGCUUUUCGAGCAAGAAUAUCCUUUCAUUUAUCCCAGCUUUAAUUGAGGAGAUUCAAGUAUUCAAGGAUACCCUCCUCAAAAACACACACUCAGACAUUGUCUUUCCGCUGAUAACCCCGGCGACCAAGGCUACGUUCGAUAUUAUCGGGCGGGUGGUACUAGGAACAAGGUUUGGCAUACAAACGUCGGAGAGUCGCUUGUAUAAAGCCAUGAAGGACCAGCUCGGGUGGAUCUCGCUCCCAGACCGCCCCAAUAUACUCCAUCGGCGUAACAGCCCCUUCCGCCGCCUCGCUAUGUGGAACAAUAACCGGAUUCUACGUAAUGAGAUCAUCCCAAUCUUACAAAGACAGAUGCUUGAGAUAGACCGCUCUGGAAGCCCCCAGAUAAUCAGCCGACUUGCUAUUGAAGCCCACUUGAAACAAACCGGGCGUACUGUGGACUCCGCAUCCACAGACCAGGUUGAAGAAUUCCUUCGUGUGGCCCUCGCACAAAUCGAAAUCUUCCUCAUCGCAGGCCAUGACACCACGGCGAGCACACUGUGUUAUGCAUACUACUGCCUACACGGCAAUCCAGACAUAGCCGACCGUGUGCGCCAGGAACACGACCGGUUGCUCGGGCCUGAUCCAACCCAAGCCGCUGCCGUGAUCGCCAGCGACCCAUCUGUACUCCACAGGCUGCCAUACACGUCUGCGGUCAUCAAGGAGACCCUUCGGCUCUACCCACCCAUCGCAUCCGUCCGUUCUGGAUCUCGCAGUCUGCACUUAGUGCAUCCCGAGACUAAUCAGCGGUUCCCAACCGAAGGAUUCGUGCUCAUGUCCACAUCCCAGGCGACGCAUAGGCUCCCACAAUACUGGCCUCGACCAAACGACUUCCUCCCUGACCGGUGGCUAGGCGAGGAGGGCAGCAGCGUCAACAGUAGGAAGAUCGCGUGGAGGCCAUUUGAGCAGGGACCAAGGAAUUGCAUCGGCCAGGAGUUAGCCAUGCUCGAGCUUAAGCUUAUGCUGGUGUUGACGAUGAGGGAGUUAGACAUUGCACCUGCCUAUGCGGCGAAUGCGCCCCGGCUUUUUGGCGAGCCAGCGUACCAGGCAAAGAUCCUGAGUGAGCUGACCAAUCAUCCAAAGGAUGGCAUGCCCGUUCGCGUCAGAAGGAGAGGCCUCCAGCAGGCAUAG